UCGCCGCUUCUUUGCGCGCCGUCAAAGGCUUCGCGCUCGCCGAGUCAUCGAACCACAUCACAGCCUUUCAAACGUGGAGGCCGGAAUGCUGUGCACCGAGUACUUGAAACAGCACAUCCAGCAGUCGACACUCACCACAACCAGAAGAAGAUCUUGCGGAAGCGUUGGUUUCUCUUUACUGACGAGGUACGAGUAAACAAAGAACCCACUCUCGUGUUUCUGUGGCUCUUUGAACAGCGUCGUUGGUAGCAGUCGCGUCGGAUUUGAUUUGCUGAGAUCCAUUGUACGCAAUAUUCCAAUAUGACCACUUAUGUUCUACUGGCCUGUCAACCGCAACGCAAGUGAUCAACGGCAGGCACUAGACUACCAUUAGUAGGCAUUACUACGGUCAUGGUGUUGUUCUAGCCGUUGAAAACCGACUGGCAUCGAGAAGACUGACCAACAAUACUCAAUAGUCAAUAGUACUGGUGACUGGCUCACUGGCUGCUUACGCCCGCUUCGAGAUCCAGAUAGGGAUCAUCUCGCCUCCAUCGGACCAGGCCAUAUCGGUAGAGCCAUUCCGAGCUACUCUGCCUGCGCAAGGGGAGAACGCCGACCCAGUCCUUGACAUCUCUCUUUCCUCCUGGUCGUCCGCUGAUUCUGAUCAACACCGAUACCAUCGCGCAUCCAGCGACGAUCCCCUGACAGCGUCCGCUGGCAACCCGCAGAAAAGCACACGAGGCGGGCUGAUUCAAUUCAGUUUCCUGCAUCAAUCCCCCAGGCCUUUUACGUGACCUGGAAGCUCUGCUGCUGCUACUGCUGGUCAUAAAUUGCUCAUUUCCAACUCACGGCAGCUCUGUAUAGCUCUCUUCAGCCUGUAUAAAAGGAGCUGUCCGAGUACCCUGCUGAGGUAGUAAACUCUGAGUGGUGAACUGGGAAGGUAUUCGAUUUUUUAGGUCCCCUCCCGUCUGUUUUCCUGCAAAGUGAAUCAACCAAUAUGAAUACAAUGGCGCCACGAAAUGGACGCGUGCAAGGUGUACGAAGUGUUCUGUUGAUGAUGGCGGCAUUACACCUUCUACUGCUUCCAACGCUCUGCUAUGCGAGAUCGAUACUGGAAGGCAGUGAAGAGUCACAUGAGGAUGGACGGAUGGCGCGAGAUUGGGUGUUGGACGAGGGUGGAGAGUGGGUAUCAGCCGAGCAGUCAGAUCAGCAAGCGGAUAAUUACUCCGCGCUGGCGGGACGUCUGACCACCAGCUCAGCAGCUGCCACCGGACACUCCCAUGCCUACCCUGCCGACUGUUCACCAUGCAACACGACCAAGUGUCCGGGAGGAUCGGCGCGCCGCGCACCGGAGAAGUGCCACGGUCGUCUGGAGCUGGACCGGUGCGGCUGCUGCAGAAUCUGUGUCAAGUUCGACGGGCAGCGCUGCCAGGGUAAGCGACGACCGUGCGACCGGGACCUCGUCUGCUACCCGUCGGCAGGAGAGAAGCGAAUUAAAAGAUGCCACACAGUGGAGGGCAACUGCAGUGCAGAGCAUCUGAGUCAAGGCGGACCGUUCCGCAAGGCCGCGCCGAUGUGCCGACAGUGCCAGUGCAGUCCCGACGGUCGGCAGCUGUGUCGACGCACUCCCUGCAGACCGCCACUCGACCCGGACAUGCCGGCCGACUGUGUACGACAGCGCUGCCUGGAACGCACCCUGCUCAACGCCUGCUGCAAGUUCAUGUACGCGUGCCGCUGCACGGAGAGAGCGUCCACUCCCCAGCCGGCCACCAAGGCAGCCGUCAUGCGCACGCACCCCGGCUGCAGUCGCCCGGCCUCGUGCCCAAGCCAGCGCAACUCCGGCAAGAACACCAGCGAGGUGCGCUACACGUACAGCGCCGUCGACAACCGCUGCGUCAUGCACUGGCAGAGUGCGCGCUGCACACGGGACCACGACUUCACCAGCCUGGACCAGUGCCGGGCGGAGUGCGUGCCGGGCGCUAAAGAAGUGAUCCAUGCAAAGAAGAGAGAUCGAUGUGCUGUGCAGACAACGGCAAGCCAAGCUGCAUGCCGCUUCAUCCAACUCCACAGCCGUAGAGCCCUGUUCCGUGCCGUGGUGCAGAAUGUGGAGCAGACAGAGCUGGGAGUGCUCUACACGCUGAAGAUCAGAAAUGUUUACCGCGGCCCAUGCCGCAAGGAGGUCAUCUACAUCCUGGCCGACAACAGCAGCAUGCAGACGGUCUGCCCAUACAUGGAGACGAACUUCCUCUACCUGAUCGGCUACGAGAUGUCGGUGAUGAACACGAACUGCCGCGGCGUCGAGAGCGUCCCCGUCGGGUCCGGGGCGAGCGUGCGCGCCGAGGUGCUGCACUCGUCCGAGAGAAGCACUAUGGUGAUACCAUGGAGGCAGGACAUGUGGUCGUUCACCGACGAAUGCAUGUCGGCGAGACCGAGCAGGCACAUACCCGCGCCGCCGCCGUCGUCAAAUCAACUACCGGACCACACGGCACAGUAACCGUGCUGGUGAUCGCCAGUGUGCAACCACACCCGCUUAUGUGUCCGUCUAUCCACUGACCAAAGACAACUCAUGGAAAAAUAGCAGUGGACUGACGUCAUGACUUGGGACAACAACAGAUUUAUCAAAAAAUUCUAGACAUUUCUACGAAAGAAGCUACCCAUCUCUGCCCUCAACUCAUCUAAUCUCACUCUCCUUUCUCCUGCUUCUUUACCAAUGCCCCUGUUGAUAGUUGAGCUAAGCCAUUUUUAUUGAGCGACACCCCAGGUGUAACACCAGCACCACAACCACCACACACUGACUGAGCCGACCCAAGGUGGUCUUCCCCAAAGUUAGCAGAUCUAUUAUCUUGAUCCGGCAUGCAUUCAGCAUCAAUGAUAGGCGGCCGGAGAACGAUUGAGUAAGUAACGGCAACGCGCAGUUGCACUUCACACUGGCUUGAGUUGGUGCUGGCCGCUGCACCAUCACACCCCAUACCUUGCUCCCUAGAUUCCUCGUCUAGGUCUAUAGACGAGUAUAUGGCAGCACAUGAAUGGCCAGCCACUCAAAAACUAUGAGCAUGGACGGUUGCCUGAACGCGAAUGCUUCCACCACUGCUGAUGCAACAAUAUCUACAGUGUCUCGGCUUGAGAUUUGUACAUAGAGAAACUGUAUAUCCUUGUGCAUAACUAUCAAGAACACUGUAAGCAGUGCACAUGUACAUCUCUGCAGACGGCCAAUUGACUGACCACACAUUGCCGCACGUGCUCUGCUUUCAUAUUUAUAUCUUUUUUUUCGCUUCCGGCAUAUUCGUACAUCAGCAUCCAGCACAGGAACGGCGUGUAAACUAUAAACCCUGCAAAGAAACUUGGAGAUUAG